AGACAGAGGGAGGAGGAGCAGUGCAGACAGAGAGAGAACUGGAGCACACACUCAGAUCUCGCCUGUGGUGAGGACAUCCAGCAGAAGUGCAUUCCUGAGGCAGACAGCAAUAAAAAGGCAAGGAGGACAGAGCAGAAAAGUGGUGACACUCUUUAAAUUCACAUCUAACUGACCUCUGCUGGACUCGCAUGCUUCCUCGCAGACUGACUCGCACUCUUCCUCGCACACCAGCUGAACAGCCGGCACCACUGGCUGGUGAGAAGGUUAGGAUUUUCCCGACAGAGCUGGAAGGAAGGAGAAAAUAAAAGAAGACUGGAAGUUUAAAACACCAAGAAGCAAGAACAAGAAGAGGGUCAUGCAUCGGUAGAGUGUGACAAGCCUAACUGAGCUGAUCUGCUUUGAGGACAAUCUAACCGCUCAGUGUGUCCUGCUUGGUCCAAGAUGGAGCUCAAAGUGUGGGUGGAUGGAGUGGUGCGCGUGGUCUGCGGCCUGUCUCAAGAAACUUCCUGCCAAGAUGUCGUCAUUGCUUUGGCACAGGCCAUUGGUCAGACUGGUCGAUAUGUUCUUAUUCAACGUUUGAGGGACACUGAAAGGCAGCUUUUGGCUACAGAGAGACCCCUGGAGUCUUUGGCCAAGUUGGGCCAACAUGGCAACGAGGUUCAGUUCUUCCUGCGGCGUACUGGCCCUAGCAGCAGUGAUGGUCCUAGUUCAAAACAAGAAAGACAGUCUCCUCUUCAACUGCCCAAACAUCCUGAGCCAGAGCCCCUGAAACGUAACCAACCUAAGAAAGCACUAACGUUUAACUUGGGGCCAUCCACUUCCCCAAAGACCAAACCUAAGCAAUUUCAGAGGUCUCCAAAGGACUCAUCAGAGCAAAGGGUCUCACCAUCCCCCUUAUCUAGUCCUGUAUCCCCACAUUCUCCCUCACCUCCUAUUGGGCCUACUAAGGAGGAAGUGUUUAAAAAGAUCCUUCAACAACAAGAGAGACUGAGAGCCAUAGAGGGCCAGCUCGAGGUCCUAGAGAAGGAGUCACCAUAUCGUCCAUAUCCUUCUCCAAGCCCCUCACCAGUAUCAGAAUCUCAACUGCAAGAAGAGAUUGAUGCUUUGGAGCAAACAAUGCGAAGGAACCAUGCUGAGCUCACCCACGAGCAGUACUGGGAUGAGGAACUUCAGGUGGAGGUGGACAAAGAGCGAGAAAUGAGAAGGAAGCUGACGGACCUGCACGCUAAGCUGGACGACUGUGGGCGGCGGCUGCAUGACUUCUCUGUACGCUCUGCCCAGCUGGAGCAAGAGAUCCAGAGGGAGAGCCAGGCAGCAAGCAAAGCCAGCGGGGCCAAGGAGUCACUUGAUGCUGUGAAGACAGAGCUACGGAUCCAGGAGAGGAAAGGGAUCGACUUUGAGGAGCAGGUGUCAGAAGGUGACAAGGCCCUGGAGAAGGCAGAGUCUCUGCUGCAGGCUAAGCAGAAUGAGCUGGAGGAUCUGAAUAAGGAGCUGAGGCAGUGUAAUCUGCAGCAGUUUAUCCAGCAGACAGGCGUCGUGCCGGCUCAUACCCACUCACGCACAGAGCUGCAGGAACAGCUUGAACAGCUGGAACUGGCAGCAGGUCGCAGUGCGACUCCCGUGGAAUUUCCAUCUCGUCCGACGGCCAAGCAGUUUCUAGGACAUCCGCGGAACCUGCAAAACCCUCUAGUGUCCAGUCUCAACCCUGAGGUCCUGACAUCCCGAGAGUCGUCAUGGAGAUAAAACACGGACAGCAGGGCC